ACAGGAGGAGCUGCAGCUGACAGAUGCACCAAGAUGAAGUGGAAGCCGCUUGUGGUUGCCGCGCUGCUGACCGUCGCGGUCGCUUAUUACAUCUACCAACCGCUGCCGGACGCCAUCGAGAAGCCCUGGAAGCUGAUGAUGCUGGACGCGACGUUCAGGACCAUGAUGCACCUGGGAUUCUUAAAGGAAUGGCUGGACCUGGGUCAUUCCAUCAGCUCUGUCAAGAGUUCGUUGGAGAGCUUUGAGGGGUUCAUGACCGUGGACUCCAGGGGAGGAGUCAUCCCAGGGGUCAAAUUCACAGACACCACGUUCGCUGGCGUCCCGGUGAGAGUUUACGAGCCCCCGGCGGGCGGCGAGGGCCAUCUGAGGAGAGGCCUGAUGUAUCUCCACGGAGGCGGCUGGGCCUUUGGAAGUGGCAAAUUUGGGACCUAUGACUCCAUCAGCAGCAUGGUUUCUGAUGAGCUGAACUGCGUGGUGGUCAGUGUGGACUAUCGCCUGUAUCCAGAGGUCCACUUCCCAGAGCCCUUUCUGGACUGCUUAGCUGCUGCCAAACACUUCUUAUCUCCUGAAGUUCUGGCUCGGUACGCCAUCGACCCGGAGCGUGUGGCGGUUUCUGGAGACAGCGCUGGAGGAAACCUGGCUGCUGCGGUCGCUCAGGAGAUUUCCACGGACGACGGCGUGCCCGUGAAGUUCAGCGUCCAGGCUCUGAUCUACCCGGUGCUUCAGGCUCUGGAUUUCAACACUCCGUCUUAUGUGCAGAACCAGAACAUGGCCGUACUUCCUCGCCACACCAUGGUCAGGUUCUGGCUGCAGUACCUCAACGCGGACCUCUCCCUGCUGCCUCAGUUCAUAGCAAAUAACCACAGCAGCUCGCUCCACUCCGCCUUCACCACGGAGCUGAGGUCACGGCUGGACUGGACCGUCCUGCUUCCGCCGAAGUUCAAGAAGAACCACACGCCGCUCGUGGUGGAGAAGAAGGGAUCACCGGAGAUCCUGAAGAAGGUGCCGGGGCUUCUGGAUAGGCGGGCGGCGCCGCUCUUGGCCGAAGCCGCGGCAAUAGCCAAAUGCCCGCGUGCCUUCAUCAUGACGUGCGAGUACGACGUGCUGAGGGACGACGGGCUGAUGUACGCUCAGCGCUUACGGGACGCCGGCGUCACCGUCAGCGUGGAGCACCUGGAGGACGGCUUUCACGGCUGUUUCGGCUUCAUCGCCUGGCCGCUGGACUUUGAUGUGGGGAAGAGGGCGGUCCGCGCUUACGUCAGCUGGCUGCAGAGCAACCUGUGAGAGCUUUGAGCAAAGCUCUGCAGGAAACAGGAAGUGAAUGCACUAAACCCAACUCUGUAAAUAACGAGUUUUCCUUCCAAACUCAGGGUCCAAACGAGUCUGCGACCGUCUCAACUUUUAUACAGAAAUUUCUACUGUUAGGAAGAAAUUUGCAGCCUGACAGAAAGAUACAUCAACUACUAAAGAGAGGCUUUUUACAGACAAAACAUGCAGUCACUUCCUUUACCCUUAGAAAUAAAAGCAGUUAGCACUCUAAACAAAAAACUAUUGCUACAUUUUUCAUUAACAUUUUUAUAAAAAUUUUAAUUUCCAUUUGAUUCUGACUGAUCAGCUUCAUUUAAUCAUAAAUGUUUUAGCACUGAUUCACAAACUAAUCUCUGACAAGUUUGGAAAAAAAACUUUGUUGUGCCUGUUGACAAUCAAAUGAUUCAAUAUUUUCAGAAUAGAUCACAAGUUUUCAAGCAUGUAAUUAAUGAUUCAAUAAAAGUUUUUAAAAGUU